UCCGGAAGCUUUUCCGAAGAGGAGUCGUUCGGCGGUUGUUUCACGGGUUGGUGGCGGAGGAUUUCCCCGGCCGCGAAGAUGAACGCGGAUCUGCGGAAAGAGCGAGAGGCGGCUUCCUUCAAGGUGGAGCUGCUGACUAACCUCUUGGACGGGGGCGCCGACCGGACCUUGCGCCGCAAGAAAAUUGAAGCUAUUAUUGCAAAUGAUCCCAGCUUCCACCACGAAGAUGUAAAUUUUCUCUCCCGCAGUGAACGCUAUGAAGUAGCUAUCAAAAAGAGUGCUCUUAUGGUGCUGAAAUUAAGAGAAUAUGGGAUUGCAGACCCUGAAGAGAUCUACUGGUUUAAAAGCUACCUUCAUCAAGGACGGCCUGAGCCUUUGGAUAUCCACCUGGGCAUGUUCCUUCCCACGCUACUAACCCAGGCAACCAUAGAACAGCAGAAUCGCUUCUUCAUGCCUGCUUGGAACUUGGAGAUCAUUGGCACAUAUGCCCAGACAGAGAUGGGACAUGGAACCCAUCUCCGAGGCCUGGAAACUACUGCCACCUAUGAUCCUGCUACCCAGGAAUUCAUCCUUAAUAGCCCAACUGUGACUUCUAUUAAGUGGUGGCCAGGUGGAUUGGGCAAGACAUCAAACUAUGCCAUUGUUUUGGCUCAGCUUUAUACCCAAAACAAAUGUCAUGGGUUACAUGCUUUUAUUGUACCUCUACGUCAGUUGGGAACCCAUGAACCACUACCAGGCAUCACCAUUGGUGACAUUGGCCCAAAAUUUGGUUAUGAUGACAUGGAUAAUGGCUACUUAAAAAUGGACAACUUCCGUAUCCCUCGGGAAAAUAUGCUAAUGAAGCAUGCCAAGGUUGAACCAGAUGGCACAUAUGUGAAGCCUCUCAAUGCUAAGCUGACUUAUGGGACCAUGGUAUUCAUCCGUUCAAUUAUUGUUGGAGAUGCUGCUCGCAGUUUAGCCAGAGCUUGUACAAUUGCCAUCCGCUAUAGUGCUGUGAGACAUCAGUCUGAGUUAAAGCCUGGGGAACCAGAACCUCAGAUUUUGGAUUAUCAGACUCAGCAGUACAAACUCUUUCCUCUCCUAGCAACAGCAUAUGCUUUCCACUUUGUUGGUUCGUAUAUGACAGAUACAUAUCAUCGCAUCACUGGGAAUAUCCAGGAUGGAGACUUGAGUGAACUGCCAGAGUUGCACGCACUGUCUGCAGGUCUUAAGGCUUUCAGUUCCUGGAGUGCCAAUGCUGGCAUUGAGGAAUGUCGGAUGGCAUGUGGGGGACAUGGCUACUCCCGCUGCAGUGGUUUGCCUGAUAUUUACGUCAACUUCACUCCUGCUUGCACUUAUGAAGGAGAGAACACUGUGAUGAUGUUGCAAACUGCCCGAUUCCUUGUCAAAAGUUAUGCCCAAGUUAGUUCUGGACAAUUAGUUAGUGGCAUCAUGUCUUACCUGAAUGACCUAUCAGGACAGCAUAUUCAGCCUCAGCAUGUGGCUGCUCGACCCGCAACUCUGCAAAUCAACAAUCCUUCCAGUUUGGUGGAGGCAUAUAAAUUGAGAGCUUCAAGGAUGGUUGACUUUGCAGCAAAAAAUUUACAGGCUGAGCUGAACCGUCGGAAAAGCAAAGAAGAUGCUUGGAACCGGACUUCCAUUGAUCUAGUACGAGCAUCUGAGGCACACUGUCACUAUGUGGUGGUCAAACUGUUUACAGCGAAGCUUUCAGAAAUUGGUGACCCAGCUGUCCAUGCUGUCCUUAACAAUUUAUGUUUACUGUAUGCUCUAUGUGGGAUUAUAAAGAACUCUGGAGAGUUUCUACAGGGAGGCAUUUUGACAGAGGCCCAGCUAAUUCAAGUGAACAUGCAUAUAAAAGAACUCUUGGCCCUUAUCCGUCCUAAUGCAGUAGCUCUGGUGGAUUCCUUUGAUUUCUCUGAUUCUGUGCUUGGAUCUGUGCUUGGCCGGUAUGAUGGUAACAUAUAUGAAAAUAUGUUUGAGUGGUCAAAGAAGUCACCACUAAAUAAAACACAGGUCCAUGAAUCUUUCCACAAACACCUGAAGCCAUUGCAGGCUAAACUGUGAUAAUUUUGUUUGGUUUUGAACGUACUUUAGUUUCUUGAAAUAAUAUAAUUUGCCCUACAAACAAGCACUUGGCAAAUCCAAAUAGCCAUAGGAUAGUAAUAGUCUUCUUUUUUUAAAAAAUAAUAAUACUGAAUGAAUUAGAGCAAGGAUAGUAAUUGUAGUUUUCUUUUAAAAAAAAUAAUAUUGAAUGAAUUAGAGCAAGGAAACUCAGUGAUAAAAAUGCAAUUUUAAUUAUGUUCAGAAACUAUCCUUUUUAAUGAGUCAGAAAAGCUUUAUAGAUUGGUGUAAAAGGGUCAGUCUGUGAGCCUUUUAAGCAUCUGCAGAAGCUGUGUUAUCUAUAGCAGAUUUUUCACUACUAAGUAGUUCUAGAAAGCAGUUAUUGAAUAGAAUCAACUUCUCCAGAAACCCCUUUAAAAAUUGUCUUGCACAUUUUUUAAGCAUUAAUGCCACCUAAAGAGGCAGUUGUUGUCAAAGCCCUCCUGCACUUAAUGUACUGCUGUAAGAUUUUCACACCCUUGUCAGGAAGUGGGCUUCAGGACACAAACAUUAUGUGUGUAUGUAUAGAACUGUUUGGUGUUCCAGGAAUGGAUGAUUCUUUGCCUUAUGGGUGCAAUCUGUCCUAGCAAGUGUCAUUCUUAACACUUGUGUACAAUUUCACUUUUUGCAUUCCAAAUGGCAUGCAAGCGUUCUAUAUUACAUUUCCCAUAAAACUGUCCUUAGCACACAGGCAAGAUCUCUCUCAAGCCACUUUUUUUUCUUUUUUAAAAGUGUUGCCUUGUCCUCUGGGUGUUCAGGAAAAUUGAAUGGGAAAAUGUCAGGAGUCCUAUUCCAUAGCGACAAUAUCAUCAUUUCCAACUUGCAAAGUCCCUGGGGAAGGAAAAUCUUUGCUCCACACAAACUAUAAAGAUUAUUUAAGAUUUCUAUGCCUGGUUUUAAUCAUACUUUUUUUUCCUGAAACACUUGAUUUUUUUAAAAAAAACAGUGGAACAUGGACUUUGCCCCUUAUAAUCAUAGAUGAGAAGAGGGUCCAGACUGAUAGACCCAUCAGCCUACACAGUCUGGCUCUCAGAAGGCUACAGAGAACACGUUGCCACAUUAAAGGACCUCAGCUUUACAUUACUGUUAGCAGGCUAACAUUUUAGCAUUGUGUAGACAUUUGUUGUGUGAAAUUACAAUGACAGAAUUGCAGCAGAUCAGUUGGAUUCAGCUUCAGUAACAAAUCAAGACUUGGAUCAUAAACCAAGGAAUUUCAUAACAUUGGAGAAUUGACAACUUAAGAUAUGUAUCCCUUGUUAAAGAGCUAAAGGUACUCGUAUACUGCAAACUUUGAGCAAGAAAAAUUACAACUGAAACAAAACUGUUUAUAAUCAUAAUGUCUUAACUAUUGAUAUCUCUAAUAUAGCUGUGCUUAAUAUACUGGAUUUCGGUGUACAAUGCUGACUGGAAAUGAAAAACUGCAAUAAAAGACUAUUUGACAUCUUGUGCA